UUUUCGCCAUUCCUCCAGGACUUCCACCAUAAGGAAAGGAGCUCCUGGACCAUCAUCCUCUAAGAUGUUUAUAUGGACCAGUGGCCGGACCUCUUCAUCUUACAGACACGAUGAGAAAAGAAAUAUUUACCAAAAAAUCAGAGACCACGACCUCCUGGACAAAAGAAAAACGGUCACAGCACUGAAAGCAGGAGAGGACCGGGCCAUUCUCCUGGGACUAGCCAUGAUGGUGUGCUCCAUCAUGAUGUACUUUCUGCUGGGAAUCACGCUCCUGCGCUCGUACAUGCAGAGUGUGUGGACCGAAGAGUCUCAAUGCACCUUGCUGAAUGUGUCCAUCACGGAAACAUUUAAUUGCUCCUUUAGCUGUGGUCCUGACUGCUGGAAACUCUCUCAGUACCCCUGCCUCCAGGUGUAUGUGAACCUGACUUCUUCAGGCGAAAAGCUUCUUCUCUACCACACUGAAGAGACAAUGAAAAUCAAUCAGAAGUGCUCCUAUAUACCUAAGUGUGGAAAAAAUUUUGAAGAAUCCAUGUCCCUGGUGAAUGUUGUCAUGGAAAACUUCAGGAAGUACCAACACUUCUCCUGCUAUUCUGACCCGGAAGGAAACCAGAAGAGCGUCAUCCUAACCAGACUGUAUAGCUCCAAUGUGCUAUUCCAUUCACUCUUCUGGCCAACAUGUAUGAUGGCUGGGGGCGUGGCGAUCGUUGCCAUGGUGAAACUCACACAGUACCUCUCCCUGCUCUGUGAGAGGAUCCAACGGAUCAAUAGAUAAAAGCAAAAUGGAUGAGAUCAUUUUCUUUAAAGCUCAAAUACUGUUUUCUUUCAUUCUUCACCAAAGAACCUUAAGUUUGUAAUGUGCAGUCUGUUAUGAGUUCCUUAAUAUAUUCUUAUACAUAGAGCAAUAAUGCAAAAGCUGUUCUAUAUGCAAACACGAUGUCUUUAUUAUUCAGGAGAAGAAAUAAGUGUUUUGUGUUGGUUGGUCGGUUGUUUUCGUAAUCUUAUUUCAAUGCUGGAACUAGUACUUCCUUCUCUCGUUCUGCCAAAAUAGGGCUCAGUUAUUCAUUUGCCAAGCUUUGUGGAGGAAUGUAGACAAUAUCAACGUGAUGAGGUCUGUGUUCUGAGUUGUCAAAUCUCUUGAAGACAUUUCUGCAAUAUUUUUCAUCAUUCAUUGUUUACUAAAGCUGCAGCCAAAAAUAUUUUUUCUUUUCCUACUCUAAACUGAGCCCUGUAGCAAGUGAAGGGACCAGAUUUCCAAACUAAAGGAUGUUAUGCAUUUUCCUUGUAUUUCUACCAUAUCACUGUAAAGAAGGGGGGAAACCCAACCAGCGAUUUUUCUUUUAUUACUUUCUAUUCAUAACUUUAGAUUUUUUUAACUGAUUUCCAAAAAAAUAAGCUGUUUUCAUUAACAGUUCUAUAAUCUCUUCUUGUGAUUCGAGUAGAAAAUGAACAGAGCCCUUUCCACAUAAGACCCUGCUACUGUGUGAGAAGAUGACAUUUACAAGGAGUUUUAUUACCUGUGAACUAACUGAACAUUGAGCAGAUGCUCCAUCACAAUCCGGGAAAGACUAUGUUACUAAGAAACUUGUGUGAAAAUCUUUAUUCUAUUUCAGUUGAACUGUUAGGUGGUAAAACUAAGAUCCUACUUGCUGGUCAAGACUGGUAAACUGAUUUCAAUGGGUAAAUCUAUUGUGGCAAAUUAACAUGUUGGAAUAUUGCUCUUUGGGAAUUCAUGUUUAAGUUAAUGAAUGUAUAGUCUCUCUUUCUGACAAGUGUCCUCUAUCAGGAUUUUAAAGCUAUGUGCACAGAAUAUUUAUCUCCUCUACAUGUUUUAUUUUUCUAUUUAUAAUUCCCUUUUUUGUUGCUAGUUUUUAUACAUGGAAUAGACCUUUUUUCCUAAAACACCCUUGAACUGAAUGACAGAUUUAAAGGAAGCCUUUGUUCACAUAGCCAUUCACUUAUUGCUUGGGGGGAAAAAUGAGGGAUUGGUUUUAAACAAAAACAUUCCAUCUUUUAUUUAAAAUCAAUAUCAAAAGGAGAAGACAAACAUCUAUCUUUCUCAUCUAUAUUUAAGUACCUUUUUGUAAUGUAGUAUCAAAGUUUUCUAGGUAUUGCAAUAUUUUACAAACCAUAUUUGUGGAAUGAAUGGUGAAACUAAUCUGGUGAAGUGGAAAGUAUUCUGCAAUAUUGUAAUUCAUAGUUUGACUUUUCAUAAACAAAUAAAUCCCUAGGGUAUAAUCAAGACUUCAAAUGUGUAAUUAAAAUUUUUUUUAAAAA